UCUGACAAAAUAACACACCUCCUUCGUGCAGAGGGGAUUGAUGUGCACACACUUUGUCGCUCAGUAGGACCUGCACCAUGAACUGUGACCAGAGGCAUCCAUUCCCACACGGGUUCCCUGGGGAUGGAGGUGGAAGUCCGCAGCACUCUGCCCAGCCUCCCAAUCUUGUACCCUGCUGGUCGUUCUCGCCAGCCCAGGAGAGGGCGAGGAGCCGAGGGAAAGAUCGGGGCUUCAUUGGAGUCAGCCCCUGUCUGGCUUUGAUCGUGCUGCUGCUGUUCCUGCUUGUGUUUGCAGCCCUGGGGUUUGAAGCCUAUCAGAUUUACAAGAUGCAGACAGAACUGAGAGAGAUGAGACAGGGUAAACCUGUGACAGAGUUUCACACAGCUGCAAGUCAAAUUGGUCUAUAUGAACCGGAGUUGCAAGGGAAUGACAAGGACAACCGACCUGCAGCACAUGUGAUAGGGCGGAUCGAAAAAGAGGUAUUCCGUAAGACUUUGCGCUGGGAGGCGAAGGUAGGUCAGGCGUUCUUCUCUGGAGGAGUGGCCUACCGGAUUGAGGAUGGCGGUUUGCAGGUCAACGAGAGCGGACUCUAUCACAUCUACUCACGAGUGGAGCUGAUCUUUAAGAAAUGCUCCCCCACAUCCUGGUUUGUUCACUCUGUGUUUGUGAGGAGAACAGGACUUUCCUCGCCGCUGACCCUGAUGGAGGCCCACAGGGCCGGCUUCUGCGCUCGGCAGCUGGAGAACCCCUGGACCUCAGAGAGUUACCUCGGCUCUGCCCUGAGGCUGCAGAAAUACGACAGGGUCUUUGUGAAUGUGUCGCACCCCGUGCAUCUCAGCCAUGAACAUUAUGCCAACUUCUUUGGUCUCUACAAAAUAUGAAGAGCUUGUGUUUUAGAGUUGACUGUGAACUGCUCUGAAUUUCUCAGACAGGAGUGUUUUGUACUCAUUACUUUGACCCAAAUGAUGCCAACGUGGAAUGUUAUUCCUGUGACACAUCAUAAGUGCACUGAAUAGCAUGAUGUUAAAAACCCAGGGGAUAUUGCACAUUCUCUGUAUUGCCAGCUUUUAAAUUGGUGGUAAAUUUGAGCAAGUACUUUUGUAAAUGUUGAUAGGGUCAGUUAACACUAAGAUGCAGGUUUAGUUGUAGCAUUUUAAAUAUUAAAUAUUUAUUUUGUCGUGCAUCUGACAUUUAUGAAGUAGGUAUUUUGUGAUUUUUUUUGGGGGGGGGGCGGUAAUAAAUAAACAGAUAAUUUAAUUCCCAUUUGUUGAAACAAGGAAGUCAAUUAUUAAUACGUUCUCAUCUAAAGGGUGCAAUGUGAUGAACACCCACAUGAGUUUUGUUCAUGACCACUGGAAAAUAUUCAUGAUCAUGAUAAUAAACUUGAUUUCCAUAUAUUCCACUGAGCUACAGCAGCAGUCAAAAACAGAGGUGAGUCUUUAUUUGCCAGUUAAAAUCCCUAAAGCAGCUAAAACGUGGAUGCUACACAGUCCUGGUUAAAUGAAAGUUUAAAAUCUAGCUUACAGAUCACUGUGCAGUGCAUUGCUGCCUGCUCUAUUUUUUUUUAUAUAUUUAACACCCUCAUAGCGCUGUUGAUGGGUUUUGGUUUUUUCAGUAGACCACAAACAAACAUGAGUUGAGUGCAAGAAGAUGUACAGACUGGGCACAGAUGAGGGGAUAACCGAAGCAAGAUUGACGUGUGUUUCCUUCCUGUGUGAAUAUCAUUAGGGUCUUGCAUGCAUGCAGGUCGAUUUUUGUUAAAGAGUCUUGCUUCUUUUCAUGCACAUGCUUCUACUUCUGAAAUUGUUUUUGUACUUGGUUUGGUCUCAAGGCUGUGAACGCCUCUCAACCAGAGCCGAACAAUCCGCUGCUGAGCUACAGUGGUGUUUCAGCACAGGACACAUCAUCCAGAAAAAGCAACUGUGCCAAACAAGAAAACAACAUUUCACAAAAAUAAAUCAGUCGUUAAUCUAA